CUGACGUCACCCCCCUCCCCGUUGGAGGAGAGACGUUUGUCUCGGUUUCGGUCCCGGAGAAUCCACACUGGCACUCUCCGAGUGAGAAGAUGCGGGCAACGGGACUCCGGGUGGCCGCCGUGCUGGCUCUAUUUGCCGCAGUGUUGCGGUCGCAGGCGGAGGUGAUCGAUGACGUCCUGGGCAGCCUCUCCAGGGGAGCAUCCUUCCUGGAGAGGCAACAUGAGCACAUCAACCUGGACGGGGUGGUCGGGUUCCUCAUGCUGCAGGCUGAGCUGAAGGAGGCAGUUCGGACAUGGCCGCACAGCGACCCAGUCAGCUGGGCUCAGAGAAGCUCGGCCGUCGCCCUGGUCAAACGUCUCGAUCAAAGCCUCGACAAGGCCGUCGCCGCCCUGCAGCAGAACGACCCCAAAUACUACAAAGAGUUUGAGCCUGUGCUGUCGUGGAGUUUCUGGUUGAUUCCUCAGGAGUGGAGCUCCACCGAUCCUAGCCUGGUGUAUUCCUCUACCAUGACCACCGAGUGUUACGACGAGCAGCUCAGCGACAAAUGUCUGACCCUGCUGCUGGGAACUUGGAAGAUCAGCGGGACGUCCUGCAUCGUCACCAAACCCUGCCGGGACACCAUGACUCGCUUCGGCUGUCCACACUACUCUCUGUCCCACCAGCUGCUCUACUUCAUGAUCGGAAAAAUGAGAGGCUGCACCAACCUGCUGAAAGGCGACACUCGAGCGUCCCGAGCCAACAUAACUGAACGCAGCUACCAGAAGAUCUUCUGCUCCAACAUGAUGAAGACCAACCAAGACAUCAUCAGAGACGGUCUGACCGAGCAGACGGUGGACAUCUUCAUUGAAAACAUCCUGGUUUGUGGAUUGGCUGGUUUCUCUGACUUCUACAAAGUUGAUUGGCUGCAGCACAUCCUCAGGCUGCAGGAUGAGGAAGUGGGCUGCUUUGGGAGAGACAAGAGAAUCAUCUCUCAGAUCAUCGGAGACGAGCUGCUGGAACAGCUGCAGCUGCACAGGAGAGUGAAGAGGAGGGAGAAAAUACUUCCAGAUGGCUGCUCCAGUCACAUGACGGCGGUGGCUGUCGGUGCUCUUGGAGGAUAUCUGAACUACUACCUGACUGAACAGGACAUAACCAAGAGGCCGCUUUCCUGAACGCACCCACCACCCACCCCACCCUCCUGACAGGUGUGUUCACAUGAGCAAAACGUAAUGUUGUAGAGUUUUACGACUGGACUUCUGACACAAUAUGUUACUUUAUGAACAUGAGUUGUAAGAUGAUGAAAAUGCUUAAUUAAACGCUGGGAUGUGGCCGUUUGACACACAAUGAAAACAAAUUCUUCUACAUUUAUAUUUUAUAAAUAUAAUGAGGACAAUGCUGUAAUCCUUAUGUGGUGUAUCUGACCUACACUUAUUGAUCUAAUCAAUCCCCAAAAGAUGUCUUUUGAAAGUAGUGAUGUUCCGAUCCAGCAGAUUAUUACAAAUAACUUGAGUAGUUAAAAAAGGCUAAAUCUGUUCUCCAUGCAGUUCAUGUUGCUGUUCAUGUGGAGCUGGACAUGGUGAUGCUGCUGUUGCCUUGAAACACAGACAGGCAGUGUCAGGAUGUUAUUUGAUCUCUGAUGCAAGCCAGUUUAAGAGUGUAUCUUUUCUAAAUGAAAUCAGAAAGUAAUACAAAACAAAUCAGUGAGUCUGAUUCAUCUUUUUGCCACGCAGCUUUUUAACUAGUUUCGCAAGGGAUUGAUAGUGAUAGCGGUAAUCGUGAUGUUAUCUCCUGGUUGGUAGUGUUUAUCCUAUUUGGUGUAAAAAAACAUUAUAAGUUAUUUGAUAUUUUGGGCUGCUCGACGAUCAGUCAGAGAGAAAAAGUUUGCAGAGACCCCAAUUUAGGUAAAAAUACACCUGUUGAUUUUUCAAGGAAGUAUUACAAGAUGUGAUGUUAGAACAUGGUUCUUAUUCUCAUAAUUGUGCAUAAAUUGGGCCUGUUUGUCCUCCAAUUCAGACAUCUGGGGUUUCAGGUGAUGUUCGAUGAUCUGGUGAGUAGUUUGUUUGAAGCAUACUGACCUUUAGUGGUAGUUCUUACUGGGUGGUUCCUGCAGGAAUUGCCUGUAAAUAUGCUUAAAAACAGAAAUCAGUUAAUGAUAUUGGCCAUUAAAAGGACAACAAGACAUAAUUACUGUAGCUUUUAAGAAAAACAUCCUAAUAAGCAGUUUUUCUUCCAAAAAUAACAUCUUUAUUUUAUUUUAAAUUAUGUCUAUCUACUGAAUAUAAAGCCACAAAGGAGGGCCAGAAGGCAGCUGUACCACCAGCACUGACCAAAGAGGAUGUAUGCAUGAACUAUGAAUGUCUGUAGAUGAACUUACAUACAACAUGUUAUCAUGUAUUUCUUGUUAGCAGAAUAAACAAAAUCCGUUGUAUUUA